AUAGCUGCAGGAAAGUUCAACCUGGGUAUAGCAGCACUGGAAACUGAAUAUGUCAAACUUGUCAUUACACCAGAUGGAGAAAUUGAGAAGCACCCUUGCAAGGUGACAGCACCAAAGUAUCCAUUGUCUGAAAUUAGAGAGAGAUGCUUGAAAAAAAUGAAAAAUUUAUGAGGAUUGGGUCAGAUGAUGAGUACAGCAAGCUAAGCCAAGAAGAAGUUAAAGGAAGACUU